AUGGAUAAUCAACAACAACAACAACUUGCACUUGAUAGAAUCAGUUGUCUAUCGAAUCAUUUACAACCAAAUUUAACUAGUACUAGCGAGACAACUGCUACGACCGCACCAGCCACAGCAUCAGAGAUUAAAGAGAAAAAAGUGAUAGCUAAAUCAAAGAUACCAAAAGCUGUAGACGAUAUAGAAUCAGAUGGAUCUUUUUCAAAAGAAAAUUUACAUUUAGAAGAAUUAGAUAUAAUAGUAGAAUUAAAUGGACAGACAGGAGUAUAUGAGAUGAGAUCUAUUCCAACUACCUUGUCAUUUGACCAAGGAUUCUUCCAUGCGAUUAGAGCGAUUGAAAUGUUGGCCGAGUCAAAUCCACAACGUUUGAUUGUUGUCGGUGUAGCUGGGCCAGUUGGUGCAGGCAAGACUACUUUGGCAUUAAAGAUGUCUGGUUUGGUAGGUGCCAUCGUCAUUGAUUUGCAAGAUUUUGUAAAGAUGGAGACUGUCAAGGACAACAACUAUGACGAUCCGGUAUCGAUUAAUUUUGACUUGGUUGUCGACACGAUCAAUGCGUUGCGUCGUGGCGAGACCGUCACCAUCCCCAAACUGAUCAAGCACCCGAGUGCACCAACCGGUGCCGCUCUGUUGCCCACGAUCGAGUCACAAAAAAUCACCAUGUCGGGCUCUCGUGUUGUUAUCAUCGAGGGGUCGUACGCGUUGACUGCCAAGCUCCGUCCACUGCUCGACUUGACCAUUGCUAUUACCGGCGGUGUCCAUCUCGACCUCAUCAAGCGUAUCAUGCGUGACAUUGUCGUCGCCAAGUCGUCGACCAAGGACGUGUUGCUCCAAAUCACCAACGUCGUGUUUCCCAUGUUCAAGGCGUUUGUCGAGCCCGAUCUCGACCAGGCCAAGAUCAAGAUCCACUCGUCGUACAACCCAAUGAGUCAGGUUGUCGAACCCACCUUUGUGUGCAAGGCCAAGUACGAGACACACAAGGACCACUUUGACGCCUACCUCGCCUCGCUCAACUCCAAGCCCGUCAAGAAACACUUUUCCGACAUGUAUUUGUAUCCCCCUAAAAAGGCCGACGGCGGUCUCUCACAGGCCGACAAGACCAACUGGAUUCGUAUCCGUCGUACCGACAAGGGCCAAUUCAACAUUUACUUUUACCGUGAGAUUAUGGACGGCACCAUCAACACUCGUCCAUCGCUCAACUUUGAAAUCUCGGUCAAGACCAUUGGCGGUUUGCUUUCGCUCGGCUACCAAAUUGGCGCCAUCCUCAACCGUACCGUCGAAGUUUGGUACGAAAAGAGCGGCGUUGUCAUCACCAAAGAGUACAUCAAGGAGCUCGAAAAAUACUUUAUCCAGAUCAAGGGUCAAAACAGACGCGAGGUUCUCAGCUUUGCCGACAAACUCAAAUUGACAAACAUCCAUGUACCACAAACUUUCCUCUAUCUCUACUUUAAAAAGUUAAAGAAAAACAAACUUAGAGCUGAACAACCAGAAUUAUUAAAAAAGAAUAAUACCAGACAAAAAAUUAGAUUACCUCCUCCUUCAAAUAAAUAA